AUGGGAAAAGAAGUUGAUAGCACAAUUUAUAACAUUGGGUAUCCUGUUUAUGGGGCCAAGUUUCUGGACAAUUCCACACUUUUAGUUGCUGGGGGUGGUGGAGAAGGUAAUAAUGGUAUUCCAAAUAAGAUUUCUGCUUUGAAAGUCGACUUCCAGAAGAAGAAAAUUGUGAAACGAUUCAGAGAGCUAAGUUUGGACGAUAACGAUGAUUCUCCAACGACUUUGGAUUAUGCCAAUAACGUUAUUUUGAUAGGUUGUAAUGAAGGAUCAGAGAAGAUCAAAUCUGGAAAGGGUAACAACCAUUUAAGGAAAUACGUGUUCCAUAAUGAACAUUUGAAGUUUGUUGCUAGCAUUGAUUUGGAUGGAUCAAGUAAGCCAGAAGAGUAUACCAAAUUGACAUAUUUAUCUCCAGAUGCAUCUGUAGCGGCCAUUGCCUCCUCAAAGGUUCCUACUGUGAUUUGUAUUGUGAACCCAACAAACUUACGAGAGACUUACGAGGUAGAAACAGGUAACGACGUCAAAGAUCUGCAUUUUUCUCCAGAUGGGAAAGUCUUGAGUUAUAUUACUGCGUCUACUUUGGAAGUUAUGUCUGUCGUUACUGGGAAUUUCAUCGUUCGUAAGACCGACUUUGAUUCUAAUUGGAAAAUGUCAAAGAUCAGAUUUAUCGACCAGGACAAUGUCAUAAUCGCUGCCACUUUGGCAAAGGGAACGGGCGUUGUCUUGAUAAAAGUUUCCUUGAAAAGCGGUGUUGCAAAAAUCGUGAAGUCAAAGAUUAUUACGAGCAAGUUUAAGGGUGUUACUUCUCUUGAUGUCGACCCUUCAGGGAAUCUUGUUGCUUUGGCAGGUAACGAAAAUUCAGUGGUCAUCGUUACGCUCAGAAAUUUCCGUAUAGUCAAAUUUUUUAAACAAGUGCAUAACUUUGCCAUUACCAGACUUGUAUUCUCUCCAGAUUCCAAAUUACUUGCAUCCGUAUCUGCUGCAAACACCGUUCACAUUUUGAAGGUUGCUCCAAACUUAGCUACGUCACGUUCUUUGAUGGAGUCUUUCUUGACAUUCCUCACAAACUCGGUUUUGGUUGUAAUCAUUGCAGCAGCAGCCUAUUAUGUCCACGAGCACAACUUGCACCUCAAGGCAUUGGAUUUCAUGCAAGAGAAGUAUAAGAAGUAUACGGAGAAAAAUGAUUCUUCCGAUUAUUUUGUUUUACACGAAUAUCCACAACAAACUACACUGAUCGGCGUUAUUAAUACUGAUUCAUCGACCUCUGGCCACUCAGAAUCAACCACUAUUUCUUUCCAUUCUGAAAAUACUGUAGGUCCAAUGGAUACUAGCGCUGACGACUUUAUUUCAUAUACAACUGAUACUUCUCUUAUGGACAGUGGAUAUACUGUAACUGCUGAAAUUUUGGACGAUAACAUCGUAACGAAAAGUGAACAAUAUCUUUCCUUGGAAUCAACUGAAAAAGUUUCGUUCACUUCUAUUAUUGAUGAGCCUAGCUCAGGAAUCAUUUAUGAAAAAAUUAAUGACGAUUCAUUGGAUCAUACGGAUGACAUAACCACCCAUGAAACCGAACCGGAAACAAUAGCAGAAGGUCCUUCUGAAAUGAAGGACGAAGAAGAAUCUAACAUCGCAGAUGAGCCCUCACUUGAGAAGUCAAAUAUAGAGGAACCGGUGACGGUCGUAGUUAAACAAGCUAAGACAAGAACCGAUUUGGAUUUGACUCCUGAAAACAUCGACAAAGGUUCCUCUGAAUUUUCAAUCGAGAUUGAAGAUAUUGUGCCAGAGGAAAUCAUUAUACAUGAAAGAACCGACAAAGAAGAAACUGAAGUUGCAAUUGAAAAAACCGAACCAUCGAUUGACAUUCUACCGGAGGAAGCCACUCAACAGGAACAAACCGACCAUGAGGAGAAUAACAUUGGAAUAGAAAAUAACGUUGAAGUAGCAUUAGAUAUUACAGCUGAGGAAGUUGUUUCACAGGACAAAACUGCGGAUGAAGGGCCUGAUUUAGAAAUCGAAAAUGAAGCAGAAAUAGCGGCAGACAUUAUAGCGGAGAAGGUCACUGAGAAUAGAACUGACGAUGAAGAGAAUGAUUUUGGAAUCGAAAAUGAAGCUGAACUGUCAACAGAGCAAUCUUCGGAAGAAUUAGACACAGAAGCCACUUCUGAAACACUAUUGGUUAUCACAACCUCUGAAGAGUCUAAUGCUAUUGAACAAGAUGAUGAAAAGCAGACAGAAACAUCUUCAGAACUACUAAUGGUGAGUGAUACAACAGAAGCUACAUCUUCUGUCGAAGCAUCCAUCUCAUUUAGCGAAUUCUCUGAUGAUGAUAUUGACAACGUUUCCUCUUUAUCCGAAUUGAUAGAAGAGACAUCGAAUACAGAAACCGUAGAAACUACAUCACUGCUCGUUGAAGAUGAGUCCGAGCCAUCACUGUACACCAAAGACAAUGUAAGCGACACUGCAACAGCAACGGAAAUAUUGGCAUCAAGUGUUGCAGAGGAACUUGAAUCUGUUGAGUCAGAAAUUGCAAGUGAAGAUCAUAUCUACGUCGCUCAUGAAGUCCAAUCAGAAGAUCAUUAUCCAGGUACCUCAUUACAAGCGGAAGAAGAUACCGCUACGCAUAUCGAUCAAAUAAAGUCUAACCUUGACGUAGAACUUGUCACAUCUACAGUCGUUGUGACAGAAAUUGAACUGUCUGUAGCCACUGAUAAAACAGAACUCGAAGAAUCAGACAUUUCAUCUGCCGAAAAGGAUACAGAAGCUAAAUCGAGCUUCUCAUCCAGCACUACUAUUUCUUCCUCCAUUACCAAAACAGCGGAUCAGGAAAGCGAAUUCAUAGUUACUGUUUCCGAAGAAUUAACAACAUCGGGAAGUUCAUAA